CACGAGCGUUAGUCAAUUACGUUGAAUUGCCGAUACGUGGAGGGUUAGUGGUAUAGAUUCCCGCGGUACAUCGAAUUGUAACGAGUUCAUUUGUUGCAAUAGCCAAAAGUUUCGACUUUACCCGUAAAUAUGGCUUGCCAAGCUCUCGGACGGUGCCGCAUCUGCGCUCGGAAGCACAAAAUUGCCAUCUACGGAAGCGAAGAGAGGCAACAUAUCUUCAUUGAGAAAGCCAACCUGAAGCUCAUUAUUUUGAACACCGUGUGCGCAGUUUGCAUAACGAAAAUCGAACGUUUGAUAAAGAAGAUGGAUCCGGACCUGAAUUUCAGCAACGGCAUCGAGGAUCAGGAUAACUACGAGAUAAAGCCUGAUGUAAACUUGCAGUUGUCGCGAGAAGAACCCAGGGAAAGUAGCGAAAAGGUGAACGAGAACAGUGAAAAAUCUGCAUCUAUCAGAUCGACGACGAAGGACGUCGAAUCUCCGGUCCAUCCCGAGCGGAAGUCUGUCGCGUUUCAGGGUUCGAUUGCAAUCACAAGAACGAAAAGAGUGGAAACCCCGUUUCGAAAACGCUUUAGAAAUGACCAUUCAGAUAUUAGCGACAAGUCUGAGGAAACAACCACGCCGAAAGAGUGGCGAGAUUCAUCGACAACAUUUGCGACUCGCGACGAGAGGGAAGCGAACAGUUUAUCGCCGGCUGGACCUCCCGCGGUGUGUACUAUUACCGCCACGAAUCGCGGCUCGGACGAUACUUUGUUGGCCGUCAAAAGGCAAGGCCGUUGCUUGUCGUGUGAUUUUUGUCAAAAGAGGUUUACACAUGCAGGCGACCUGAACAAACACCGUCGAAAGCAUACUGGAGAAAAACCGUACGAGUGUGACCAGUGCCAACGGAAGUUUGCGCACGCUUCGAACUUGGCGAGGCAUCAACGUGUUCAUUCCGGCGAGAGACCGUUCGUUUGCACCGGAUGCACCCGAACAUUUAGCAGGCGAGAUAAACUGACUGUCCACGUUACAGCGGGACGCUGCUGCUAGGUGACACGAACGAUUUGAAUGCAUCAUUUAUAGCUCCUAGUUUUGUACAUCCUCGCCAGGUUAAUUGGUGUCGACGUUCAGGAAUCGGUGAAAAUCGUUAAACAAAUUCUACAGAAGAAUUACCUCGAACUGCACAGUCAGUGAGCAACUUAUCUAUCAGUUCCUAGGACGAACCUUGCCGUCAACGUUACACAGAAAAGAGUAUUAUGGUUCGCAAUACGUGAUCACGAACAAAAGUUCUUACAUCUACAUGUAUUAUCGAAUUUCAGAUAUUGAUGCAAAGCUAAUACGACUGCCGUAUAUCAAAUCACUCUCUGCUUCGCGUCUCUUUACUGCUCGGGAUAUUUAGAGUUCGUGAAGCAAGAAACAUAGUUU